AUGAAUGGCGGUGCCGACCUGCCACAACGAUCUUCCUCGCCAUUAAAACGAAGGGCCUCCAGCAUGGAUCCCGACACUCCUCCAUCCAAGAACGGCACCACCAUGGACUUGGAAGCCUCUCAGUCUACCCCGCAACGAAGUCCAUCUACCGCAGAAUUCCCUCGCGCAAUGAGCAUCGAUGCCCCCGAUGUGAACGGCCACGAGGCCUCUCUGUCUCAAGCACCCCCGCCGCUGCUAGAGCAAGUCAAAAUCAUUGAAAUGCUAUUAAAAGCAUUUGCGGAAGCUCCCGUGCAAGAAGGCAGUGUGGCCUACCUGGUUUCGAGAACUUGGGUCGAUAAAGCCCUUGCUUUACGGCCCGGCUCCAAGUCUGUCGCGGCUGACGGUGAGGGUGUCUCCUUGGGGCCGGUUGACAACGCAGACAUUGUCCAGGAAAUCAUCAAAGACUCUAGCGGCAGGGAUUUUGUUCGUCUCAUACCUGGCUUGGGCAGUGAAUCCUUUGAACUAUUUCCGGAAGAUGCUUGGAAACUAGUCAUGGAUUGGUACGGCAUGAAGGAAGGACAACAGCCGAUUGCUCGCAUUGCUGUCAACACUGCGGAUAGCAAACAAGCACCACCCAACAUCCUUUACGAGUUUCACCCACCUGUUUUUCAAGUACAUCGGCUGUGGUCCGAUGUCAGCACUAUUCCCAUUGAACAGUCUCUCAAGGCCCGAAACCCACCCCCUCUGCUCAUGGCAAGGAGCGCCACUGCUCAUGCCCAAAGCUUUCUCAAGGAGAUCAAGACCCUUGCAGGAGUAAGUCUGGAACGCAAGGUGCGACUGUUUUCGAUUCCGGCCUCCGUGCAAGUCACUGGACAAGGGACCGAGGGUGCGUCAGCACUCACUCCCCCGGAUUCGCCUGGGAGAGCUCGUGGCGGAAAGGGGAAUCAGUUCAUCUGGCCUACAUUGCUCGUCGAUGUUGUCUCCUUCUCGCAAGUCAGAGAUUUUCGAGUCUCCGUGCCGCUCAUCGAUCAGACUGCCAAUGACAAGUUCAACGGACAGUCAACCUUGCAACAUCACGAGCUGACGACGGAUCAAACCUUGGUUCUGGAUGAGGCUAUUGGCAAUGCUUUUGUGAGCAACUACACCGGUCGGAUCAAGGCGGCUGACAAGUCGGCACCGUCACGCCUCGUGGCAAGCACAAUCUCCUCCAAAACUAGCAGCAAUCGAAGCAGCCCCGUAUUUGACGGCCCCAUGACGCGAGGCCGUGUGCAAAAGAAGCGGAGUGGAAGAAGCAUCGGCGCCGUUGGUCUGCAAAACCUGGGAAACACUUGCUAUAUGAACUCUGCUUUGCAAUGCGUUCGGAGCGUCGAGGAACUCACCAAGUACUUCUUGACUGAUUCCUAUUUCACCGAAAUAAACAAAACCAAUGUGCUAGGGUUUGAGGGUAGAGUGGCCAUCGUCUUCGCCAAUCUUCUCCGCGAAAUCUACGAGAAAGAUCGCGGUUCCGUAAGUCCACGAGACUUCAAAUCCACUGUAGGUCGCUGCCGUCCUACCUUCUCUGGAUGGAGCCAGCAGGAUUCCCAGGAGUUCUUGGGAUUUUUGCUCGAUGCCCUUCAAGAAGAUCUGAGCAGGAUCGAGAACAAGCCCUACAUUGAGAAGCCCGACUCCACUGAUGACAUGAUCAACAACCCUGAAGCUAUCAAAGAGAUGGCUGACAAGGUAUGGGAUAUAACCUGCCGCCGAGAUGACUCUGUCAUCGCAGAUCUCUUUACUGGCCUGUACCAGUCAACACUGAAGUGCCCCGAGUGUGGCAAGAUUAGUAUCACCUUUGAUCCUUUCAAUAACCUGACGUUGCCGCUCCCACUAGAGAACAUGUGGUCCAAGUCCGUAAAGUUUUUCCCACUCAACGACGUCCCCGUGAAGAUUGAGGUCGAGUUGCCAAGGCACAGUUCCAUAGAGUCAUUGAAGCAAUUCAUUUCGGUCAGAACUGGUGUCCCAGUCGAGCGCUUGAUGGGUGCCGAGGAAUUCAAGGAUCGAUUCUUCAAAAUUUAUGCCAACACGCAGGACGUAUCCGAGGAGAUUCAGUCCUCGGACACGCCGACAAUCCACGAACUGGAGGCUGUUCCUACAAAUUGGCCUGGCAAGAGACCGCAUCAGAAAUAUCGAUCCAUGUUGGAUAUUGACACCCCCCCGGAGUCAGCAGAGUGGUCUGACGAGGAAUACGACACGAUAGUCGUACCGGUUCUCCAUCGGAGGCCGCAAAUUCCAGGUCGCGGUCCAGAGGGGAUCUCACCCCCUCAUUUCAUCACACUGACAAGAGAACAAGCAUCCGACCACGAUGCCAUUAAACGCAAGAUUUUACAGAAGAUUGCCACAUUCUCUACGUGGACCAAGUUUAAGAACACUCAGGAAUCCGAUGCCUCCGACGGCGUCGACGCAGACAUGAUCAGCUCUGCAGCCUCUGACGCUGACUCUUCAGGCGACAGCAAGAUUGCGAGCAACUCGGUUGAAGGUGAAGACGACAUGGUCGAUAUCACGCUCAAAGACGCAGUCGAUAAAAGUAACAACCAUCGCUCUUCGGUCACACAACCGACAAUUCUCAAACACUUCAACACACAGGCGCCAAAAUUUGCCGACGCUGCCAACUUUUUGAAUCCAGAGCUCCAGAACCUCUUUGAGCUUUGCUACUUCAGGAGCAACAGUGACGGUCCAGUUCCAACUGGGUGGUCCAGUGUCGACAACAGCAGGACGCUGCCCAAAAUCGCUGAUCGUAUUCCUGAACUCAGGGCAAAGGACAGCGAUGCAGCUAGCCCCGGGAGUUCCAACUGUACCAGCUCUAGCAUCGAGGAGAGCGGAGACGAGGAUGAAGUCGCAGCAGGGUCUACUCAGACGCGAAUGAUGGAGGAAUCAAGCGAGGAGGAUGCCCAGCCAGCUUCCAAGGUGAGAGACUGCCACCCCGCCGUCGUAGUUCCUAUGGGGACAAUGUUCACAAUACGUCACCAGGUCAAUGGUCGAACCGGCAGACAUCACCCCAGGUAUAACCAAGGAAGUCGCAAGAAGUUUAAGGGACACAAGGCAUAUGGCAAGAAGGGCAAUAAAAGACGUGACAAGCAAACCCGAGCAAGCAAGCUGUCCCAAAGAGCGAAUAUGGUUGCCCCUCAGCCUAUGCCCCCUGCCGUUUCUGACGGUGGGCCCUUGAUUCGUCUUUUCGAAGGCAUUGUCGUCGACUGGACUGAGGAUGCCUGGGAAGCCGUCUUUGGCAAUUAUACAAAUAAGCCAGACCCGGCCCGCGGCGCAAGGACGUUUGUAGAUGUCCAGACUCUUCACGACCCGGCUUUGAAGAUUGCGCAACGACGACGCGUCACGCGCAAAACCCGCGGCAUUACCCUCGAAGAAUGUCUGGAUGAGUUUGAGCGAGCAGAAAUCUUGUCCGAGCAAGACAUGUGGUACUGUCCUCGCUGCAAAGAGCACCGGCGCGCCAGCAAGAAGUUUGAUCUGUGGAAGACGCCCGAUAUCCUAGUAGCUCAUCUCAAGCGCUUCAGCAGUUCAGGCUGGCGACGCGACAAACUUGACGUUCUUGUUGACUUUCCCAUCGAAGGCCUGGACCUCACAUCCAGGGUGAUCCAGAAAGAAGAUGGCAAGGCCGAAAUCUACGACUUGAUUGCGGUUGAUGAUCAUUAUGGCGGCCUCGGCGGUGGCCACUACACGGCAUAUGCCAAGAAUUUUGUAGACGGACAAUGGUACAAUUACAAUGAUUCAAAUGUCCACGUGGUGUCAGAUGCCACAUCCGUCAUCACCUCGGCAGCAUAUCUACUCUUCUACCGUCGCCGUAGCAGCGGGCCACUGGGAGGACCCAGAUUCAGGGAAAUCUUUGACAAGUUCGACAGGGAGGCAGCUCACUCUGACCAUGAAGCGACAGAGUCUGGUGAGGAGGUCAUGACACAGCGAUCGACCAAGACGACAGUGACCCCACUUACAGGAGUUGAUGAUGAAGACGAGCUGCCGAUGUACGACGGUAACACGAUUCGUCGUAGCAUUGAGGAUGAUGGCAACUACCACACGGGAUCCAAGGGGCUAGACAUGACUCAAAGCUGGACCUUCACCAGCCUGAUUGGCAACGGUGUCAACGGCAUUGGGGACGCAGGGUGUGGCAGUGACGAUGCGCAGUUUGACUCGUCAGGCGAUGAGAGAGGCAAAGCGCUGUCGGAACAAGACACGGACAUGGCACCGGCGGCGCCAUUCGAGGAGAGGGCCUCGUGGGAUGAAGGGGGGGUCAUUUCCGUGCCGGCAGAUGGAGCUGGAGAGGGCGCCGUAGAGUUGGUAGCCGAGAUCCAUCUCGAGGGGGACAAGGCGACACGGGGCGAAUAG